AAAAAGGUACCAUCUAACAUUUUUGUCAAAAAUGGGUUUUUGGCAUAUAUCAUUUCAAUUUAAUGAAAUCUUUAUCCUGUGAAAAUAUCAUGACUGUAUUUUCUUUCAAUCCAAAGAUAUAAAGUAAAACAUAAAGGUACCAAGUGAUAUUUAUCAAUUUUCUGCCUGCAAAAAGGAACCAAGUGCUGACUAGAUAAUGCAAAACGGUACCAUAUGACACAUGGUACCUUUUUGCACAAAUGCGUUUUAAUAAAAAGUUUAAACCUGUUAUGCAACAAGGAACCAUAUGACGCAUGGUCCCUUUUUGCAUUUACAAUGUGAAGUUGCUUUUUUUUCAGUAAACAUGGAAAAUUAUUUACUUGGUACCUUAUUGCACUAGAAUGAAUACACAAUCCAGAUGCCUGUAUGCUUAUCAGAUAUCAAGGUUUUGGCCAGUUUCUUCUUGCAAUUAGUGAUAAUAAGCCGUGGAAAGUGUUAACAACACCAGCUGUGGUUAUUACUUUUCAUAUCAGUUUGAGGGUGAAAGCAAGCUUCAUGUUUAUUCUAUAUUUAUAAUGGCUACGUCUGAAAAUAAUAAAGAAUCUACAUGGUCAGAUGAUGAAUUCUUUAACACACUUACACAAGAAGGUGAUACAAGUACUACUUAUAAGGACAAAGGAGAAAGCACCACAGAUUCGGAAGAUAUUCCUCUUGCUGAUAUAAAACAACGUACAAAAAGACCGGUUAAAAGGAAGCUUAUAUUAAGAAGUGAAAAUGAAUCUGAAGAGGAUGACAGUGCUGCUGAUGAGGACUAUGUUCCUAGCAAAAAGGACAUUAACUCAAGUGAUUCUGAGUCUAGUGUAUUGUACAGGAAAGUACAAAAGAAGAAACAAAACAUAAAAAGUAAGAGGGAAACUGGAUGGAAAAGGAGACAAAAGAAAAUGAAAAUCAGCAAAUCACACAAAGUGAAGAGGCCAGACCAAACUUAUUUAGCAAAAAUGUUGAGAGACAAAAUUAAAAAAUUGCAAAGCAGACGUAAAAACGUUACUGCAUUGUCACCUGAUGUAAACAGGGCUAAACAAAUAAGCAAACGAUUGCAUACAAUACAGACAAUUGUCAGGAAAUCACAUUUGUCUCGACUAGACACACUUCUAGCAAGCAAUGAACUUCGCCGCGCUAGAGCAUAUGGGGAUGGAAACUGCUUUUUUAAUUCAGUAAAAAUCAGUGGAAAUUUUGAUGAAAGUGCCCUUUCACUAAGGAAAAGAGUUUGUGAAUUUAUGGUUGAAAAUGCUGACAAAUACAUGUCAUUUUUGGCUAAAAAGGAUGGCAAUUCUAAAGAGGCAUUUCUCAUAGACAUUAAUUUGUUGAAGACAAAUGGUCAAUGGAAUUUAGAUAUAGCAGACAUUGUUCCACUGGCAGUAGCAAACAUUACAGAAAGUACUGUAAGAAUAUAUUCAAGUUCAGUGUCGACCCCCGUCAUCGAGAUCAAACCUGAGCAGGUAACGAACAAGGACAUUUGCUUAGCUUACUUAGCAGUUCGUGGGCAAGAACAUUAUGAUGGAACAAAACCUCUUUCAAAUGAUGACAAUGAUCAGGUUGAUUUUCCAGAAACAAACAGAAACAAUGAAGUGAGUUCACCUCCUAUUGAAUCAGGUUAUGAUAUCAAUCAUGACGAGCCACACAGUGCAAAUGUGCACACUGAUACCACCCCGCACAAACGUGCACUAUAUAAAAGCCCAGAAAAGAAACAUUCAAGCAGGAAGAGAAAAAGAAAUACAGAAACUUGGAAAAGAAACCAAAGAAAAACUUUGAAAAAUAAAGGGCAAGAAUAUUUAUCUGCAACUGGAAAGAGAGUUGCAGCGAGAAAGGUUCAGGCUCAUAACUGUACAAAAUGUCGGUUCAAGUGUGGUGAUAAAUUUACAGAGGAACAACGGGAGGAAAUAUUUACAUUGUAUUAUGGUUUGGGAAGUUAUGAGCGUCAAAGGCAAUUUAUUUGUGAGAUGGUUGAACGAGGCACACCCAGUCGAAAAGGAAAGGCAAAGAAAACACUGUCACAGAAGUUCUUUCUAGCGCAUAAUAACAGAAAAGAACGUGUUUGCAGAGACUUUUUUAUCAGAACAUUAGAUGUAAAGAGGAAAACAAUAGACUACACUCUUGCAAGAAAGAAACAUGGUGUAUUCGCAGAAGGUGAUAGGAGAGGGAAAUCAAGUUCAGCAAACAAGCUAGAUCUUUAAAGAGUCACAUUUGUAAAAAAACACAUUGAAUCUUUCCCAACAAUGGAAUCACACUACAAACGUAAAUCGUCCAAAAAAGACUACUUAUCUCAUGAACUAAACAUAAAAAAGAUGUGGGACUUGUACACCAAAGAAUGUGAAAAGAAAGAAACACCUGCUGUGAGCCUUGCCAUGUACAGAAAAAUAUUCUGUGAAAACUAUAAUAUCUCUUUUUACAAACCAAAAAAGGAUCAGUGUUCUUUGUGUACACUGUUCGAAAGAAGAAGUCAAGCUGGAACAGUAGAUGAUUCUUUACAGCAAGAAUAUGAUGGACAUCAGAAACAGAAAGAGAGAGCACGCGAAGAGAAAAGUAAAGACAAAGACAGGGCGAAGACAGACAAGGGCAUUUAUGUUGCUACUUUUGACCUCCAGGCUGUUCUUACAACGCCAUGUUCUUUGGUCAGCGAACUUUACUAUUCAAGGAAACUGUGUUGUUACAAUUUGACCAUUUAUUCUUUGGGAGACAAACAAGUUGUGUGUCAUGUUUGGGAUGAGACACAAUGCAAAAGGGGAUCUUGCGAAAUUGCCACAUGCCUAAUGAAAAACACUUUGUCAGUAUGCAAAAUGGGAACUGUUAAAGAAGUUGUAUAUUUUUCAGACUCUUGUGGAGGACAGAACCGAAAUCAGUUUGUAACUGCAUCAUUGCUGUACACAUUGUCGCAAUGCCCAAACCUGAGAACUAUCAGCCACAAAUUUUUAGUAUCAGGACACUCGCAAAUUGAAUGCGAUUCGGUACAUUCAACGAUAGAAGGGGCAAAGAAAAUUACGCCAGUGUAUGUUCCAUCACAAUGGUGCACAUUAAUUUCACUGGCAAGAAAGUCACAGCCUUACAUUGCCGUUCCAAUGAAAUACAACCAUGUUGUUGAUUUCAAAGCCUUUGUGAAGAAACAUUGUCCAAACCUCAAAGUAUCAAUAUUGGGUGAAAGAAUCAACUGGUUACAGGUCAAAUGGAUACAAGUACGAAAAGAGAGCCCAAAAUCUGUAUUUGUAAAUUACAGCUUUGAGCCCGAAAAUUUCCAGGAGAUUAAUGUCGAGAGGACAACUAGGAAAAAGGGGAGAUUGUACAAAUGGCCCGAAAAUGACAAAGAUCUAACAAUGUCAUAUGACUCAAAACUUCCCAUCUCAGUGCAGAAGAAAAGUGAUUUGGUUACUUUGUGUUCAAAGGAAAUAAUACCAGAAGAGUUCCACAGUUACUAUGAGAGCUUACCAUCAAGCAAAAAGGAAAAGGAUUUUGUACCCAUGGAGUCAAGUGAUGAGGACACAGAUAUUGAAUAAACAAUGUGGAGGUUACAAGUCUAAUGGAAAUUACACUAACAUAAAGGAAACCAAGUAAACUUCAUAGAAUUAUAAUGUGCAAAGUUAUAUGCGUUAUGUAAUGACAUUUGGAUAUAGCAUGUCUGUCUAUUGUAUGCUGAACAUGUUUGCAAAAUGAUUACUGUUCAUUUCUUUCAUUAUAACAGAAAAUAUUAUUGCGUAAACAUAUAUCUUUAUGAAUAAUAAAAUAUAAUAAUAUCUUAGAUAUACUUAAAUUUAUUAAUGCAUAAAGGUACCAUUUGUCAUAUGGUGCCUUACUGUGAUAUGUUUUCUGGAUCUUUUCAGAACUGUUCAGUGCAAAAAGGGACCAUAUUUUCAUAUGGUACCUUUUUGCACUUGAACCUUAUUAUAUUGUAUUAUGCAAAAAGGAACCAUCAUACUUAAUUAGCUAAUUCAGGUUAAUUAGUAAAUAAAAUUGAUACAUACUUUCUGACAAUACACAUCAGACACAUGCCAACUUAUAUGUAAAGAGAAAGUAGUGUAGUUUAGAAACCUGAUUUGAUCUAAGGCUUAGAACUUUAAAAUGCGAUUUUCUCAAAAUAAUGAAAAUGUCACAUGGUACCUUUUUGCAUUAAGGGGA